AUAAAAAAAAAAUUCCAAAAGCCAGCUUUAAUCGCCCCCUUCACAGCUUCCCUCUCUUUUAAACCGAAGACCACUUCAAUGGGUCUUCUCUUCCAUUCGUUGACAAUUCCACCGCUAACUACAACCUUAAACAACCCUUCAAUACUUAAUAACUCUGGGUGCUGCUCUCCAUCGCCGCCCACUCAUUCUCGCUCUCGAUGGCCUUUCAUCGCCUCGACCCUCAAUCUGCCGCCGAGAAGGCCGUUUCCGUUAUUGGGUUUGGCUACGAUUUGACCAAUGAUGUUAGAUUGUCUGCUUGCAAACCGGGUCCAUCCGGGUCGAGAUUGAUUGAGCUUGACCCGAAUCUCACCCGAAACCUUGUCGUUCCUGGUGGGGUUGUUGUUACACAUGUUUCCACUGCAAUCAAGUGUGAUAAGGGGGAGCGUACUAGGUUCCGCUCCGAUGUUCUCUCCUUUAAUCAGAUGUCGGAAAAGUUGAAUCAGGAUCUUUCUUUGUCAGGUAAAAUUCCCUCAGGACUAUUCAAUGCCAUGUUCGACUUCAGGGGUUGCUGGCAGAAGGAUGCUGCUUCUGUGAAAAGUCUGGCUUAUGAUGGUUGGUUCAUAACGCUGUAUAACAUUGAGUUGGAAAGAUCUCAUUUAACAUUGUCCGAGCAGCUGAAACAAGAAGUGCCUACUUCAUGGGAUGCUGCUGCUCUUGCUGAAUUCAUUGAGAAAUAUGGUACCCACAUUGUUGUUGGAGUAGAUAUGGGUGGUAAAGAUGUAAUUCACAUAAAGCAAUUACAGAAAUCAAAUGUUGAGCCUCCUGAAGUACAGAAAUUGUUGACACAGUUAGCUGAUGAGAGGUUUUCUGAGGAGGAAAAUGCUGCUAUACGUUCAAGAAAAUCAAAGCAAGAUGGACAUUCUGUGUCAUGGGAUCUCCAUGGAUUUGCUACCUCAGUAAGGCUUCCUGUCAUUAAUUCCUUAAAGAAUGAGGAUAUAUUGAGCAUAGCUAUUCGAAGGGGAGGUGUAGAUAUUGGUCAAAGUCAUUAUGAGUGGCUCUCAACUAUAUCACAGUCACCAAAUGUCAUCUCCAUGUCCUUUGUGCCUAUAACUUCUCUCUUGAGUGGUGUCAGAGGCAAUGGAUUUUUAAGUCAUGCCGUGAAUCUUUACCUUCGAUACAAGCCACCCAUAGAGGAACUCCAUCAGUUUCUAGAGUUUCAGUUACCUCGGCAGUGGGCUCCAGUAUAUGGUGAUCUACCUCUUACUCUUAAGCGCAGAAAGCAAGCAUCCCCAUCUCUUCGGUUUACCUUUAUGGGCCCUAAGCUUUACGUCAACACUAUGCAGGUUGAUUCUGGAAAUAGGCCAGUGACUGGAAUGCGCUUGUACUUGGAAGGUAAGAGAAGUGACCAUUUGGCUAUCCAUCUCCAGCAUCUCUCUACUCUUCCCGAUAUUGUCCAACUCUCAGAUGAUCAUAGAUAUGAGCCCGUUGAAGAACCUGUGGAGCGUGGCUACUUUGAACCUGUCAAUUGGAGCAUAUUUUCUCAUGUGUGCACUGCCCCAGUGCAGUACAAUGGAGCCCACAUUGAUGACUCUGCUUCAAUUGUGACAAAAGCCUGGUUUGAGGUUAAGAUGAUUGGGAUGAAGAAAGUUCUGUUCCUGAGGCUUGGAUUCUCAAUGGUGGCGUCAGCAAGGAUCCGCAGGUCAGAAUGGGAUGGACCUUCAACUUUGUCGCGGAAAUCAGGGGUCUUCUCAAUGUUGAUCAGCACAAGGUUCAGUGCUGGUCUGAAUCCACCGCCAGAAAAGCCAGUGAAAGUGGAUGUGAAUUCUGCAGUUUUUCCCGGAGGUCCACCCUCGCUGACAAAGGCGCCAAAAAUGUUGAACUUUGUGGACACAAAGGAAAUGGUGAGGGGUCCAGAAGACCCGCCUGGAUAUUGGGUGGUCACUGGUGCCAAGCUUUGUGUAGAUGGUGGUAGAAUCUCAAUCAAAGUGAAGUAUUCAUUGUUGGCUAUAAUGUCGGAGGAGUCGAUGAUGUUGAUGUGAGAAAGCUCAAUCAACAACAAAUAUACUAUAAUUUGUAUUCUGUUGUAAAUGAUACCAGUGUACAUUAUUUGCUCAGAAUCAGCUUCUUAAAAUAAUCGAUUCCAAUUUUUUUUU